GAGCCGAGAGCAGAGAUCCGAGAACAGAGAGCCGAGAGAACCAGUCGUCGGAUAUCGUUUAUCUGAUCGAUGUCACUGCAUGACUGGACAGCUCUUCGCGCGGAUUCACCCUCGUCCUAGUCUUCUUCGUGGCACGAACGAAGACUGCUCUCUCUCUCUCUCUUCUCUCUCUCUCCCCUUUCGUUGCUUCUGUAGUUGUCGUUCGACGACGAUCGUCCAUGUCCCGAUGUCGUCGACGACAGUUGUGAGCCAGUGAUACGAUUCCGAGUGCUCGACAGAGACAAAGGAGCUCGGCAGCACCCUGGAACAGAGAUAUACUAGUGCGCCGUGAAGGAUCGCGAUGAGCCUCGGAGGAUCGGCGAAGAGUUCGUAGCAAUCUUCGUGGCCCGGAGACGAUCCCCUGUGCGCGUUGAUAUGUGACAUUUCGGAAAGGAGCCGACGCGUGACCGUUGUUGACACUGAUCGGAGUCCUCUCAGCGACGGAGGCUGUCGUCGACUGGCUAGAUACGAUGUCUUUGCGUCGGCACUGAUCUCGGACGGCUGGAAGACAGUUCGAAACCCGGACAGAGAGUUUCGUCGAGGAGGCUCGAAGUGUCCGAGUGGCGGUUCAACGUUGACAAUAGUAGGUUCGGCGCGUAACAUGGUAGAGAGCACCUAUGCGAGCGACUCGCCCAGAUCGCGUUCUCCGAUGACGGAGCCGUCGAGUCCUCUCCAAGAUGGUCCCGGUAUUUCCGGUUACGGGCAUCGUUAUCUGUACAAUUAUUCCCCGGAAAGCCUGCAGCAGAAGCUGAAGAACGCCGACGAGCAGAACCGCGUCGCCGGGAGGAGGCACGAUGUCGACUGCGAGAAAAUGGUCUCCAGGGGUUCCUUGAUCUCGGAGGAGAUGCGGUUCAGGCAGCGCGAGGUCACCAGGCCCAGCUCGUCGGCCACCAUGUCCUCGCCCACGUCCGCCUUCACCAUCGAGAACAUCCUGGCACCCAGGCCCAUCGGCAACAUGACGCCCGGCAACACCGCCGGACUGGGACCCAUCAUACAGAACCCGGAGGCUAUGGCUUCCAGGACCACCGCCGCUAUGCACCCUCUGCAGCAGCAGAUACAUCAUUUGGCCUUCACGUCCGCCGAUCUUUUCGCCGCCGCGUAUCCGAGCUUGUAUUCCGGCGGAUACGUGGCAGCAAUGGCGGCCGCCGGCGUUUCGCUGCACGGACAGCCGGCUUUCUACCACGCGGCUCAUCCUUAUCAAAUAAAUCCGAACGCGGCCGCCGUCGGGCCCAUGGCGAAGAGGAAACGUCGCCAUAGAACAAUAUUCACCGAGGAACAAUUGGAGCAACUGGAAGCCACCUUCGAUAAGACUCACUAUCCGGACGUGAUCCUGAGGGAGCAGCUUGCGCAGCAGGUCGAUCUCAAAGAGGAGAGGAUCGAGGUUUGGUUCAAGAACCGCCGCGCAAAAUGGCGUAAACAGAAGCGAGAGGAGCAGGAACACAUGCGGAAGCUACAGUUGGAGCAACGUCAGCGUGCCGACGACAGCGUGCCGGUGAACACCGUCAAGGUCGCGGACCACAUGCUACUGAGCAGGCAGCAACAACAACAACAGCAACAGCAACCGGAACAGGACACCGACAGUUCAGACCUCGAAGUAGCGUAAUCGGAACGUAGAUGUUAGAUUCUUUUUUUUUCACUGGCUGUCCGGAGGAUCCGAAGAGGAGGUUUCCACCCUUUUUACGGCACAGACAUGUAAAUAUGGAAAACUAGGGUGUAAAUACGUUUGUACAUAUAGCUUACGUUCGAUGUGUAUAAAUAGACAGUGAAAUAAAUUAUUGAAA